AUGGGUAGCUGGUUUUGUGUUGAUGGGGAGAAGCAAUAUGAGUGUUUGCACUCGUCACAACAGGAAAGCUGCGCCUUUGAGCCGAGCUGCCAUCCUCGCCUGGAUGGUGACGUUGAGAUUGUCAGGAGGCUCUAUUCACCUAGUUCAGUGACUAUCAGGGAAUAUCAAUCAAUCGAUAAAGUGGACGUCGAUCUGAACAUUAACGCCAAUAUUCUGGAUGAGGAAGUGGCCAAGGCCUGGAGGGUUCAUCCAGCGGAGCCCAUCAUUGUCCGCCUGCACUUCUCUUUGUCUCAGUAUCUCAAUGGACCCGAACCAACAGUUCAAGUCUUUCAGCCAUCUAAUAGACAUUUCAGUCUCGGAAAACAACUGCAAAAUGUUUUAUCGGUCUUCAUCUCACAGGAGUGGAACCAUUUGAGUAAUGAGAACACGAUAAUGAGACAGAAGAGAAGGCACAGCUGGUUCAGGCCCGGUGGAACCAUGAAGAAAUUCCGUGCGAGAUUCAGUGUCUGGCUGCCCUCAAAAUCUAAAACAAUCCAAGACCGCAACCUGCGGGGACGGAUUCUUUUGCCAGCCAUGAAACUGAAUCAUUUCGCCAAUCACACAACCUCCUACAAAAUCAAGAAUCCGUCAGGGGAACUUUUCGCUUACACGCCGAGCGGAAAGAGCGUAGUCGUGUCAGGAGUGAAGUCGUCGGCUCAGCUCAGCACCAAGCAGCUAAUAGAGCUGCUCUUCUUCUCUCAGGCCAUUGGGCACUGUAAGAGCACACCGACUCUGCAACAUGGCUUCUUGGUGCAGGUCAUGCGAUACGCAGAGCAGAGAAUCCCCACAUUGAACGAAUACUGCGUGGUUUGUGACGAACGACACAUUUUCCAAAAUGGCCCCCUGUUGAAGCCUGCUGUUUGCACCAGGGAACUAUGCGUAUUUUCUUUUCACACCAUCGGAGCGAUGUCGGGAGCCACGGAGGAGGUGGCCACCGGUGCAGAGGUGGUCGACUUGCUGGUGGCGAUGUGCAGGGCGGCCGUGCAGUCGUCACGCAAAAGCAUCAUUUUCGAACCAUAUCCGUCUGUUGUAGAUCCAAAGAAUCCCAGAAUGCUGGCCUUUAGUCCCAAGAGAAAGAGCUACGAGAGGCUGGAAAAAGCCCUGGACAGUGUCCUGCUGAUUCGGAGGAUAACACAGGGUUCAUAUUCCGAAAUAAAAAAGCAGAUGGACACAAUAGACCCUCUCGCCAUUCCUUUACUGCAAUGGAUAUUGUCGAGCAACAGAUCUCACAUUGUCAAGCUUCCAGCUGACAGGCGACUGCCCUUUAUGCACACACCACACCAGUUCCUGCUCAUCACAAGCCCUCCGACCAAGGAGGCCCGUUUUCAAACUGCACGCAAACUCUACGGCAGCACCUUUGCUUUCCAUGGUUCCCACAUUGAAAACUGGCACUCCAUUUUGAGAAACGGCCUCGUGAAUGCCUCCAACACAAAAUUCCAAAUGCAUGGAGCUGCUUAUGGCAAAGGGAUCUAUUUAAGUCCAAUCUCAAGCAUAUCAUUUGGAUAUUCUGACAUGGGCAAGGGACAACACCAGAUACCCACCAAAGAAGAACUCCUGAAGAACUACAAUCGUGUAAACAUAAUCCACCAGGAUCCCCCUGGCAGGUUCAUCCAAAGCAGGAACCUAAACUGUGUUGCACUUUGUGAGGUCAUAACCUCAAAGGACCUCAACAAACACGGAAACAUCUGGGUGUGUCCUGUAUCUGACCACGUGUGCACGCGUUUCCUCUUUGUGUAUGAAAACGGUUGCGUGGGGGACGUCCACAUCGACACCCAGGAAGAAGAGAUCCAGAGCCAAAUUUUAGAGGUCAUUGCAACCAACCCCAGAUGA